CCUCAUGACAGAUAUAACCAGAGGUGCUUCUCGCAACCUGGUGAACAGACUGGAAAUUCAACAUGCCAAAAGGAGAAAAUAAAACUGCACAAGUUUCAGACGAUGACAGCGUUGUCACCGUGGUGCUCCUGGGACAAAACAGCGCUGAUAAGUGCCUGAUAGGAAACACCAUGCUUGGGUAUAACUGCUUCCAGCCAGGAAAGUCCAUGUAUCAAAAGGCUCUAGGAAGAAUGAGGGACGAGCUGAUCUACAUUAUAAACACCCCGGACCUUUUCUGUAGAAUAUUCCAAGAACCAGAAGCUAAUACUAUCGAGGAGAUGAAACCAUCAUACACAGGUCCACGCAUGUUCAUCCUGGUACUCCACGAUAAACAGCUGUCCCAGGAAGAGGUGGAGAUGUUUACCCAAAUGAAGGAGAGAUUUGGAGAGAAAAUGACUAAAAAUAUUACUGUGGUGUUGAUCGACGGCAAAGAGACAUCCUGCAACAUAGCGGAUACACACCUCAAAAAGAUUUUACAUGAAUGUGAGGAGAGAAUUUGUGUCUUCAGCAAAGAUACGGCAGACUCAGAUCUGGUCAGACAGCUAUUGAUACAUAUUACAAAAACGGCAGAGAAAGAGGAAGCUGAUCCUGGCAGAUUACAUGAAGAUGACCCCGAACAACCAAAAACAAUGCCAGGGGAGAGUGACUGCAGUAUCAUCACCUUGGUGCUCCUGGGAUUGAACAGCGAUGACAAGUGCCUGAUAGGGAACAGUAUUCUCCAGUAUGAUUGUUUCGUGGUUGGAAAAGCAACAUGUGAGAAGGUUGUGGCUAGAGUAGCUGAUCAGAUGGUCUGUAUUGUCAACACUCCUGACCUUUUCUAUAAACCAAGCCCAGAUUCAAUAGCUGAUAGUAUGGAGGAGAUGAAGCUAUCAUACGCAGGUCCACGUAUGUUCAUCAUGGUACUGCAGGACAAAACUCUUUCACAGGAAGAGAUGGAGAUGUUCGCCCAACUGAAGGAGAGAUUUGGUAAGAAACAGCUCAAAAACACGUUUGUUGUGAUUAUAGGUAGCGAAGAAAACAACUUAAGCGAGAACUUUGAAGCUGAUAAGACCCUCAAAAAGAUUCUAGAUGAGUGUAAGGAGACGGUUUAUGUUUACAGGAGUAAUGUGAAAAGCACUGAGCUGGUCGGACAGCUUAUAGGACAAAACAACAUGCAAGCUGGAAUCUGAGAAAAACUGAAUAUUCCAGUUAGAAAUCAGCUCAGUCCAGCUAAUAUGUACUGUGUGAUUGAUAUUGUGCUAUAAAACUGAUUUAGCUAAAUACAAAAGAAAUGUUAUCAUCCUACAGUGUAAUAUGUGUAACCAAAAGAUUGU